AAUAGAGCUAUUUUGCAGCCUUUACUCAAUCAAACGAGUCUCUUUUGAACAUAAGGCUUUCAAUAUUUACUUCUAUUUUGAAAAAGUAACGAAAAGCCCCUAAACUAUCCCUGUUUAUUUCCCCUAUCCUCCAUAAUCCAGAUGCUAAACGAGAAGAAACAACUGAAGUCCAUCGGACGAGGAGCAGAGACUAAAAUCCCUGAGAUUUAACGUAUUUGCAACGAGUUUGCUGCAGGUGAAGUGUUUCUACCCCAAAAAGGCUGCUGCGAGCGUCAUUCAUUGCAUCAUUGAAAAGGACCAUUGGCCACAUGGAGAAUGGAGACUGGGCACACAUGAUGAUGGAUACGGUUACCCUAAAUGUUGGUGGCCAUUUGUACACCACAUCGCUUUCCACCCUCCAACGUUAUCCGGACUCAAUGUUGGGUGCCAUGUUUCGUGGUGAUUUUCCCACCACACGAGAUGCCCAGGGCAACUAUUUCAUAGAUCGAGAUGGUCCUCUAUUCCGUUACAUCUUGAACUUUUUACGAACCUCGAAACUGACGCUUCCAUGUGACUUCAAAGAAACAGAGCUCCUUCGGAAGGAAGCAGACUUUUAUCAGAUCGAGCCCUUGAUCCAUUGUUUAGGAGACACCAAACCUCUUUAUCCAUUGGACACAUUUGAGCAAGUGGUAGAACUUUCAAGUAUUCGUAAGCUGUCCAAGUACUCAAACCCGGUGGCAGUCAUUAUCACCCAACUCACUAUCACCACCAAAGUUCACGCGCUACUUGAAGGCAUCUCCAACAACUUCACCAGAUGGAAUAAACACAUGAUGGACACCAGAGACUUUCAAGUGUCUUUUACCUUUGGACCAUGUGACUACCACCAAGAGGUUUCCCUUCGGGUGCAUCUGGUGGAGUACAUCUCCAAGCAAGGCUUCACAAUUCGCAACACGCGGGUGCAUCACAUGAGUGAACGUGCCAAUGAGAACACGGUAGAACAUCACUGGACAUUUUGUAGAGUUGCGCAAAAGGUUGAAGACUGAUUGAUGCUGCAGUCAUGUCUGAAUAUAAAAAUAUUUAUUGGUAAAAUUCAAAGAAAUUUGAGCAAUUACGAGUUUAACAAAGAUAUGAGUGAUUUUUAAUAGUUGCAAACUCAUAAUUAAGGUAAUUCUGAAAUUACCUGUACACACCACAUCUCCACUGCAGGUCCGUUUG